CUCAGCUAAAGUUUAGGCCCGCCAUCAGUUCACCCCCGCAUGCUGACAGGGUUCAGCCUGGCUCCAGAUCAACAUUGACAUAAAGACUGUAGCAGCCGUUGUACUUUCGUUCUGCUUCUCUCUGUCCCAAACACUGACAUCUUCCUGACAUGAACACUACUCAUGAUGCUCUAUUGGAGCUUACAUCUGGUCUCCCAUGGGCAAAGAUCGUGGUAACGGGUAUCGUUACAGCACUAUGCUAUUUUGUGGUGAAUCUGGUGCAGCGAAGACGCUUCUACAAAGACCUGCCCAAACCGCCACACUCCUUCUUCUGGGGCCAUCUCAAGCUGAUGGGGGAGACCUUCGCCGCAUUCCCGAAAGACUGCCACAUCCAAGUCGCCGUGACGACGAUAGCGCAGAAGUACAAGCUCCCCGGUGUUUUCUACCUGGAUCUCUGGCCAGUCGGGCCCAGCAUCUGCGUCGUUACCGAUCCCGACGCCGCGCUCCAUUUGACCGUUACACGGAACCACGAGAAGCACGACGAGAUGAUCAGGGUAGUCGAGCCCAUGAUCGGAAGGGGCAAUAUCGUAACCACUGAGGGCGCGAGGUGGAAGAUGCUGCACAAGAUGCUCGCUCCUGCAUUCUCGAUCAUACAUGUCACGAAUCAGCGGCCGAUGAUUGCUGAAGCCGUGAUGGAAUUCCGCGCGAUCCUGACCAAGUUGGCUGAAUCGGGUGAAACCUUCGAACUCGAGAAGUGCGCUGAGCGGAUGACGCUCGAUGUUAUUGGUGAAGCAACGUUCGGUCAUUCGCUGGGCGCUCAAGCGGGAAAGAGCGAGGUGAUGCAACAUUGGAAUGACACGAGUCGAGCGCACAUGCAGCUGCGUGACUGCUGGAAGGUUGAUUUCUUAAGGAACUAUUUGGCGCAUCGGAAGCGGGAGGCGGCGAAAAAGAAACUCGAUGCCGCGUUGACUGAGCUCGUUGAGAAGCGUUUUGCUCAUGUUGUUGAGAACGACGUAAGUUUGGAGAAGCGGAAAGACAGCAUCAUCAUCGACCUCAUCCUGCGAGAAUACCUGCAAGAAGCCCCACAGCGCAAGCAGAAUCGCCUGGACCCGGCCUUUUUAGAGACCGUAUUGAUACAAGUACGCACGCUUGUUGUUGGAGGAACAGGCACGACUACGGAUACAUCCUGCUUCACGUACAUGCUUCUCUCAGCAUAUCCAGAUGUUGUACGGAAGUUGAGAGAAGAACACGACCGAGUAUUCGCACCAGGGAUCGAUGCUACAUAUAAUAUUCUGUGCGCAGAACCUUACAGACUCAACAGCCUAGAAUACACCACCAAUGUCAUCAAGGAGGCCUUGCGUCAUUAUCCGGUGGGGUGCACAGCUCGUAGAGAGCAGAUCGAGGGUUUCAUUCCGUACAAUGGUCAACAUUGCACUACGAAGGGCUUCCUGAUCCUGCCAAUGCAGCACACAAUGCAUAUGAACCCAGAAAUCUUCCCAAACCCAAGUGCGUUCGAUCCGGAUCGAUUCACGCGCGAGGAGUUUCCGCGUCAUGCCUGGCGACCUUUCGAGAGAGGACCAAGAGCUUGUUUGGGCCAGCCGCUAGCCAUGGACGAAUUGAAAAUCAUGCUUCUCUUGACAAUCCGAGAGUUUGACUUCACUUGUGUUGGUCUUAAGCCGAACAAGACGCCACGAGUGCCGUGGACAGACCUGGAUCUGACAUUUGGAGAUCGCGCAUUUCAGGAGUAUGUCUUCGAGGCGAAGCCCCGAGACCACAUGCCGAUGAGUGUGAAGAAGUCGAACUGGACGUAGGAGCGGAGAUCGAUCAAACCUAUAGUUCAGAAUUACAAUUAGUUAUUAGGCCAGAACUUUCUCCCUUUCAACCGUCGUCGUGGUCAGGGC